AUGUCCACAAAACUCAUUUUCUCAGUUCUUCUUCUCUCUGUUAUGGUUCUGGCUCGUCCAGAUGGACCAAAGGAACAUGGAAAACCAGAAGGACACAAAGGACCAAAAGGACCAGGAGGACCAAAGGGACCACAUGGACAUGGAGGACCAGGACUCCCACCAUUCCUUGCUAAUGUCAGUGCUGAAGGAAAAAAGGAAUUCGAGAAGAUUUUCAAGAAUGACUCCUUAAAAAUCUCGGAAGUUGACACUCAACUUGCUGCCCUCGCUGAGAAAUAUGGAGUUGCUGCAAUCUUCAAACAAUUCCAAGCCAAUAUAACCGCUCAUCUCGCCGAGAUUAAGAAGAAUCAAACAACAGUAAUCAGCAACUUGUCAUCUGUUUCCGACAAACUUCAAGCCAUUUUCUCGAAUAAGGAUCAAACAAGAGUACAACAAAGAGAAGCGGUUGAAGCUGUUCGCAAGGAGCAUCCAGUUGAAGUAGAUGCUCUUCGAUUCAUUCGUUCGAAACUUGAGGGACCAAAAGGAAGACAUGGAGGACCCCACGGAGGACCAAAAGGAGGACCAAGAAAGGAAGAAAAAGAAGAAGCAGCUUCUGGAAGUGAUGAAGAUUCUGCUGAAGCUUAA